AUGGGCUUACAGCGAUGGUCGGGUGAGGACUGGGUGACCACUGAGCGGUGGUGGGAUGCGAAGGCGACGUGGGGUGUGUUGGAGCCCACGUUGGACACGCCCUUCGUGGGCAAUGCCCCAGGUGUCUGGGAGGAUUUGAGGCCUCCGAGCAGGUCCUGCUGGCGGAUCUCCAACGACGAUUACACGCGGGGCCAGUGGAUGGUGCACGAGCUGGAGUUCUACUCCUCGGAGCAUUGCCUUGAGGAGGACUCGAAGCUCAGGGGUUCCCCCCUGGCCAUGCAAGGCCCGCGGCACCUGGACACGCGGCGUGCGUUCGAUGGAGAUCUGAGGCAGGAUCUCGCCUGGGUUUCCAGCUGCUCCCAGGGGCUGGGCGGCGGCUGCAUCCCAGGGGAGGCCUGGCUGGGUCUCUACGUGCGCGGCCAGCAGCCUGAUGUCAAGUGCUUCCGAAUCCUGCAGUCCAAGGAGUUGCAGAGGCAGUCCUCCUUCCUGUCAAUGGGCAUGUACAUCGAGGGGAACUGGCAGUUGCACAGCUACCACCGUGAGAUAGGCGGCGGUACCUGGAAUCGGCGCCCCGCGCUGCCCUGGACCAUUUGGCGCAUACGCAACAACGAGGAGAUCGAAGCGCAGUGGCGAGUUCCAGAGGUCCGCGCUUACAGGGACCCGUUGUGCCUGGUUUCCAUGACUCCAGGUCAGCCCUUGGCGAGUGGCUACUUCUUGGGGGAUGAGCCAGGCCUUGCCAUGGACGAUGAUGCCACCAGCAUGUGGACGGCCAACUGCGAUGAGUCCUGCAAUGAGACCCGGAAGUACUGGAUCGGCGUGGAGCUGCCUCCAGACGCCAAGGAUGCAGAAGCAGGGGAUUUGUUAGUGCGAUGCUUCCGGGUGUGGCAGAGCGAGCGCAUGGAGCAGCAGAUGAUUAGCACCCAGGUUCAGCUCUGGAACGGGGAGAUCUUUAUCAUCUCCCCCAUCACGCAGACGGGGUCCCUGUCUGACAUCGGCGGGGGCGUGUGGAGUCGGCCCACCGCCAGCUUCAUGACGCGCUGGCGCCUGGUGCCGGACGUUCCAGAGGACCGGCACUGGCGGCUCUUGGAGCUGGAGCUCUACGCAGACUCCAUGUGCCAGCAGCGGCUGCCCAUGGCCGGCACCUUCGGCGGGGAGUCCGUCCUGGCGUCCAGCUACGUGCCCUUCGUCACCGGCUUCCGGCGUGCGGGCAAGGGCAAGAUGUGGUCGGAGGCGGAGCAGCUCAGCGAUGAGGACCCCACCACGAGCAUUCUCAUCGAUCACAUGCCUGGCCGAGCUCGCCCAGGCUUCCUGGGCGUGGAUUACUUGUCUUCCGCAAUGUGGGUGCGGUGUGUGAAGCUGAUGCAAGGCUCCAUGCCAAUGGAGUACGUGCCCUCAGUACGUCUGGAGCUCUGGGAUGGCAAGGAUUGGCGCAGCGAGGACCCGGAGAUGUCCCCAGUGGAGGUCCAGUUGGAUGGGUUGGGCGGUGGAGGUUGGCAGCGGAGACCCGCCCAGCCGGGGUCGCUGUGGCGCGUGGAGAACGCUGACGUAGUGCCCGAGGGCUGGGCGCUCUAUGAAGUCGAGCUCCACAAAGACAGUGGCUGCACUGACUUGCUGCAAGGCGAAGUCAUCGCCAGCGGCUAUGCGCCUCCUGCGAGCAGAGGUCCUGCCAACGCAGUGGAUGGGAACACCACCACCGUCUGGCUGUCGCAGUGCUGCAGAGUGCAGAAUUUGCACCGGCCUUUAGGUUUCGAACUUGUGGAACCCAGCAUUGGUUGCAAUGUCUCAGAUGCCUGGGUUGGUCUGGACCUGGGAGCCAGAACCACUGUGGAGCAUGUGAAGUGCGUGCGCAUCCUGCAAGUUGGCUUUGAAAGUAUGCAGAGCCGCUCUGUUUGGGUCUCGAAAUGGGAUGGCAGAGCCUGGCAGAAGCAAUGGGAGCUGGGCGGCUUGGGUGGAAGCGACUGGAAUCGCAGGCCAGCGGCCGGCAACACGAUGUGGCGCUUGCUGUACCUGUCCAGAAAGGACGUGCCGUGCCCGAAUCAGCUGACACGAAUCACGCAACGCCCGUGGGGUAUCUCAGACCUGAAGUUCUUCAGCGACGAUGACUGCGCAGAGCAGAUCCCUGCUGGCGCAUCCAUCACCUCUGGCGGCUUCGAUGUCUUCACACCCUCUGCGGUGGACCAGCCCUCAUACUCUGCAAGCCGCAUGGUGGAUGAUGACUUGUUGACCACGUGGGCAGCCAACUGCCGCACCGGCUUUGAGCUCGUCGACACAGACUUCACCAACUGUUCCGGUGCUUGGGUAGGUAUGCAAUGGUCCAGUGCCCGGGAGGUGCGCUGCGUGUCGAUGGUUCAGUCUCGCUGGGAGUCAGCUCGAUGCUGCGACGCAGCCGACGAGAUGCAGCUCCAGCGCUGGAACGGCUCUGAAUGGGUGGAGGCAUCUUGGUUUCGCCGCCCACCUGUGCCUGCUGUGAAGACCCAAUUCAACUACAGAGACCCCGUGCACUUGGGCGCAGAGUUCAAGAAUGUAGGCGAGUGCCCCUCCAGGCUCAGUGAGAAGCGAAUGUUUCAGGAGACGAUCGUGGAGCAACGUGGGCGGAGAGAUAGCGAGAAAUGUAUAGUCCAACUGACAGGUGCUGUGACGCUGCUUGCAGAGCCGUAUUGCAUUAAGCACCCCAGGUGCGUGACAGUCUUUGGCACUUCUGGAACCUGCUGCCCCAUCGGUGACUUGGUGGAAUCAAAUAACCGAUGCUGCUGUGGUUUCUUGGCCGGAGAGCCUAUUUUCGCUGACGAGAUCAGCCUCACAGAUACUAGGGACAAGUUGAGCUUCGAGUUUUCCACCAUUUGGAUGUCAAAUGUGCUGCCCUGGGUGGGCCUUGCAGUGACGGUUGCCCUGUACCUGGCAGCCAUACUCAUGCCCAUCGAUGUGGAGGAGCGUGCCAGGCUGUGGGUCUUAGAGGCGAUGGAGGACUCUGGGCGCCGCCUUUUCCUCCGGAGGUUGCUGGUGAUCGCGGCCUGGCCCUUGCUGGGCUGGCGCACCUUUCUGGCCACCAGCAAGAGUCAGGUGAGCAGCAUCAUCCGUUGGUUCAUCUUGCCGGAGAACCGACUGCCGAAGCCCACGGAGCUUUACCGAUCCCUGCUGUUUCUGGUCUUUGGGUCCCUGCUGAGUGGCAUGGCACCCUGGUUGAUGCUUGGUGCCAUUGCUGGGGAGAUCAUGAUUUGGGCCGCUCUGCAACUCUGCCAGGUCAUCAGGUACUUCAAGUCCCCCUUUGAUCCGCUGGACCUUAGAGACCAGCAAUUGCGACAGGAAGUGUCGCAGGUCCUGGUCAACCAGGAUGAUGGCAUGUCCUCAGCCUUUGACAUCGCUGCUGGCGUCGCCACGACCAUCGUUUGGGGCUUGGCCUUCUUUGGAAAGUUCAUUUUUGACUUGCUCAUUGUCAGGGCCCAAAUGCUCUCCGUAGAAGCCAUCGUGAACAUUGAAGCGGACAAGGUGGUUGAGCUCUUUCCAGGCUUGCUGCAAAGUUUGCGGGAGCCUGCAAUGCUGCUCUACGAUAUCAUGUACCUCACCAGUCAGCUGAUCUCCUGGACAUUGGGACAGCUGGUAGGCAUCCCUCUGUGCGAGGGCUCCUGUGCACUCGCGGGCUCGGUGGCGCUGGUGAUGAUCCUUUACGGGGCAUCCCAAUGGCUGAACUACGACCUCUUCGGGCUUUUCGUUGCAGCGCGGCAGGUUGUCAAAGCCACGCGGCCCGAGUGCCAGCGAAUCUUGGCGCAGAGCUUGAUCCUGCUUUGCUUGGGUGCGUCCUUUGCGGCCGUGCAGAUGACUAUGGUGCUGUUUACAAGAGCCCUGGCCUUCGCAAAUCCCUUUGUUGCUUCCACUUGGGUGUGUCCCUAUGAUGACACGCUCGCCAUUUUUGUGGGCCGGAUUCUGCUCACAGGAUCGUCCAUACUUGGCUUGAUCUUUGUCUUUCUGUGCGUCAACGGCCACUUUGUGGGGCAGGACUACAUUACCUCGCGGGUGGCCGGCUUUCUGGGAAUAGACUUGGCUGCUCUGGAUCCAGAUGGGACCGGUGACGACGGCGGAAUGUUCCGCUUCGAUGUCUUUGGGGCGGCGCUGCCCACGCUGUUUGGCGUCUGGUGGGAUCCUUGGAACAUCGACGCGUACCUGGUCCGCGAGCGCGCCCACGUGUAUUCCAUGGAGCUCCGGGAUCCACAAGCCUGCAAAUACUGCAACAAGAUCCACGUGCGGUACGACCUGAUGAUGACCGCCACGGGAAGAACAGUCAGUGCAGCAGUACAGAUUGUGCCAUAUGGAGCAGUGGUGGCGAAAGCAUGCGAGUACUUGAAUGACCCGCCGCUAAUUUACAUUGGAACCAAGAUGAGCUGCAUGAGGGUCCACAUGGUUGAGAGGCAACACACAAAAGGCACUAAGAACGCUCUGAUGUGGGCAUAUUUGUUUGUAGCAACCUUACUUGCCCAUUCAAUAGAGUAUGGCGUGCCAUUUCUAAAACGUGCCACAAGUGUGUCAAUGCUGGUCUACCUGUUCAUGGGAGUAUUCACUCUUACUGAAGAGAAUUUGGUGGAACAGGGAACCUAUGUGAUUCUUGCUGGGUUUGGACUGUCCUUUCUGAAAGCUGCGCUCGAGAAGUUGAUCCCUGCGAUUCUGAGCUACGGCUUGAGUGGGGUGUAUUUCGCUAUCAGCCGGUCUGAGGGCCAAGUGACGCGAAACACGGACAUCCCUCGCACCAUCACAGGGCAAGUUCUGUCUGGCGCAACGGCUGCCAGCAUCAUCUCUGGCAGUCUUCUGGCAACAGGCUGGGGCACCACAGUCGAAGCAAUUCUCAUUGGCUCCGGGGGAGGAUACGCCUUCAGCUUGCUCAGCCUGCUCAUCAACGCGCUCUUUGAGCAAACAGCUCCCAAUGCGGAUGAGAAGGUGAAGAGGAAUGUCUUCCAAUUGGUGAGUAAGCUUUUCAUGUCCUUGCUCACAGGUGGAGGCCUUGGGGUCCUUGCAGUCUAUGCUGGGGAGGCUGGCUUGGCCAUUGACAGCCCCAUGGCCGAUGCUUUCGAAUUUCAGAAAAGCCUCGGUGACCGGUGGACCAUUCGUGGGAGCAUCGGUCUGGGCGUGCUAGCUGUGGCAAUUCAGUUCAUCACGCUACGAUUGGUCCUGGUAGAGAACCUGCCACCUGUUGUCAAGGCGACAAUUAAUCCGGACUACGAUUGGAGAGACUCUCCAACUUGGCUGGUCUUGCGAACAGUCCUAUUUUUUCCAGCUUUGACAGCCAUACCAACAUGCACCCUUGUUACGGUAGUUCUGCGGGACUGGAUAAAGUCACUUUGGUCCUUCUCUCCCAUCGAGCAUCAACUGAUCAUGACGGUAGCAGCCAUCGUGCUGGCAAAUGUGUCAGCCUUGACUGUGUAUCGUUUGAUGAACAGCCUUCCCCAGCUCAUUGGGUUCUUUGCCACCGUCCUCGCAGCUUGCAUGCUUUGCCCCUGGAAUUUCUUAUUCGGUGCCUUCACGGCUGUGUGGAUAGGCGUGGCGAUUGGAAGCAUCCUUGAAGAGGUUGUCCUGCGGCGCAUCCUGCAGAGGGAAAUCCGGCGGAGGAAGGACACGGGAGAGGACGACGAGGCUUUCGUCGACCAGCAGCGUGCGGCGUGCAUGGAGGACUGGGAGAAGCUGGACGAUGAGGUGGAGGAGGAGGUUCCUCCUGAGGAGCCGAACAGGGAGGAGAGGUUGCAGGCUUACCUCGAAAUUGCUGCAGCCGGGGGAAGCGCCAUCGAGUUCUCCAAAGAAGUCUUCGGCACUGAAUCGAAGGAGGCAUUCGACAUGAACGAGUCUAAGGAUGUCAUCCAGUCAGAAUCAGCGUCGGCGACGGACGACGCAGUCGAAGACGAGCCCGAGGAGUGCGAGCAACCUCAAGAGAGUUUGGACGCAGGCCCCAUCGUGGAGUUCUUCAACCCCAUGGCACUUGAGGACAGAUCUGAGGGCGUGAGCUCGCGGGCCGGUUCCAAGACCUCCCGCGCCGCCUCCUGGGCCGCCUCCAGGGCGUCCUCGCGCGCGGGGUCAAAGCUUUCGCUGGGCUCCAGGGCGCCCUCCCGCGCUGCCUCGAAAGCGCUCAGCCUGCAGGAUGGCGCAGCGAAUGCCUCUCCAGAGGAGGAGGAAGCACUUCGGCAAGCAGCGCUUAUGGACGCCGAAGCAGGUCCUGAAGGAGAAGUUGAAGCAGACAACCGCGGCAUUCCAGGUGCCAUCGAGGACAUUGCUCCUCAAUCAAUCCUGCGAUCCUCUGCAUCGGCAGAGAUGCAGAUGGAGUUGUCACUCACAAGUCGAACGCAAAGCAGCUACCCCUUGGAGCAGUUGUCUCCGCAAUCUAGCCCCAUGGACGAGCUGGAGGAUGGGUUCGAUUUCUCUCGGGACUUCGGUGGAGAGGAGUCCUUCCUGGACAACAGCCGGGGGCCGUCAAAAGCGGCCUCAAUGCGUUCAGGCGUCAUGACCCAUCGGAGUCAACUCAUGACGCAGCGGAGUCAACUCAACACGCAGCGGAGCACAGCGGCACAGCGUGCCGUCCCCGACCCACUUGCUCCUCGGCUGCCAGAGGGCGAUGCUUUGGCGAUGUGCUUGGAUUUGAGGCUCUUGCAGCUGUACCGUGAAGCAGAGAACCUCGCCAGCAAGCUUUCCAUGCUGUUUCUGCCGGCCGAGGACUCGGCGCCCCUCGGCGAAAAGUCAGGCCGACUUCAGGACCAGAGCUUUACAGGGUCCCUGGUCUGCGUUCCGGCUCCAAGGUCAGAUGCAUCCAGCUCGUCAGGCCUGGCAGCGACUCGAGGCCUUUUGAACGUGAACGAUGCCUCGGUGGAUGACUUGCUGUCACUUCCUGGGAUUGGCAGGGCGAAGGCGGAGAAGAUUGUCGCCUAUCGUGAGCAGCACGGUGCGUUCAGCACGGCUGCAGAUCUGGCGAAGGUCCCUGGCAUUGGUCAGCGCCUGGCAUUGAACCUCGGCGGGCAUCUCUGCUUUGGUGAUGACCAUGGCUGGCUGGAUUCCUUGGGCGAUUCCUGCCGUUGCAGUCUUCCACAGCUUCCAGGCAUUUGCUGCUGCUGCUGCUGGGCUUGCCCUUGGGGAGCCACCAGCGAAGAGGCAAUCUUCUUUCCCGACGAAUCCAAAGCAGGUUUGUCACGGCUUCUUCGAUUGCUUGACGGCGCUAAGCGCAGCUUGGACAUUGCUGUUUUCGCUAUAAGCCACAAAGAUUUGGCUUCAGCAGUGCUGGCUGCGCACAGGCGCGGAGUGGUUGUGCGGGUCCUGACCGAUGACAUGCAGGCCAAGCAAGACAACUCAGAGGUGCCGGGCUUGAAGCGUGCUGGCGUGCGUGUCUGUAUGGAUGCCAACGAGAAGAUGCAUAUGCAUCACAAGUUUGUGAUCUCCGACGGCUGCACCUUGAUCAGUGGGUCCUUGAACUGGACACAUGCCGCUGUAGAAAAAGGCAAUGAGAAUGUAGUCAUCAGCCAGAAUCGCGACUUGUGCGCUCAAUUUGCUCAAGAGUUCGAGCGCAUGUGGGCCGCCUUCUCACGUGGAAGUGUUGCGGAUGCGCCCGCGGCCAGCUUUGUCGGCAACGUGGCUGCCCUCUUCUUCCCCGAGUCCACCAUGAAAAAUGUGGGGAUGAUAAUGAGCGAGCUCGAGUCCGCUCGGCGCAGCAUCGAAGUUGCAGUCUUUACCUUAACGCUGGAUUCCUUGGUGGACGUGCUCAUCCAAAAGCACAAAGCAGGCCUAGCAGUUCGCAUCAUCACAGACAAUCGCCAGGCCUCUGUGCCCGGUGCCGACGCGCAACGCCUUGCUCGCAGCGGCGUGCCAGUUCGCACGGACAGGUCAUGGUAUGCAAUGCAUCACAAAUUCGCAGUGAUAGACGAGAGGACUCUGAUAAACGGGUCUUUCAAUUGGACCGCACAGGCCACAAAAGGAAACCAGGAGGAUGCGAUCAUCUUCCGUGAUUAUGUACAUUUGGCUGAAGAUUUUGUGGCCGAGUUUGAUCGGCUCUGGGAUGACUUUGAUGAGUUCCAUUGCCAGUUUCAGUUUGAGAUCCCCGCGGAGAUGCUGGGGAUGAUGGGAGGAGGCGGCGGCGGCGGCGGUGGCCGAAAAGGCGCUGAGUGGCCCAAGACAGAGAAUUCAGAGGUAUCUGCGGAUUUUGAGUGGUUGGUCAACACUGAAUGGGAAGGCAAGACCUCAAAGUACUUGCUGCUCCGAGAUGGCUUUGUAGAAUCUCCCCUGAAGGAGUGUGAGCCAGAAGGGCACUGCUUAUGGGCGGCCAACAAUGGCCGUGUCCUGAUCAACACGCCAAAGCUGAAGGUGGUGAAAUUCUCCAUCGAAGGAUUGGACAAGGUGGAUCGCAAGAAGCUCGAGAACAAGGAGGAGAGCGAGCUUCAGAAGAUUUCCCUGGUCAUGGAAAAACCUAGCAAGAGCACCGGAAAGAAAGGCAAACUGGGCUUCAAGCGGGUUGCCGUGGCAGAUGAACAAGACAGCAUGGUUAGUGCGGACCUUUACAAGGUGCUUGAUGUUCCUGAGGAUGCAGAUCAGAGCGCGGUUAAGAGCAAAUUCCGGCGCUUGUCCGUGCAGAACCAUCCUGACAAAGGUGGUGAUCCUCAUGUUUUCAACGAACUCCGGGAAGCCUAUGAGGUCUUGGGUGAUACCGAGAAACGCAGGCAAUACAACCUGGGUGGUAUGCAGCUCGUAAAGAAUGUGGAGAUCGCCUGGAAGGAGGUGGAAGGGCAAAAAGCUCAGCUGGAUGCGCAGCUGAAUCAGGUGCCGAAGAAUCACCCGCAGUACAAGAUGUUCCAGGCACAAAUCGAGCAGCAGAAGAAGCAGUUCGACAAGGCUAGCAUUGAGUCCAAGAUUCAACAGAAGCUUCAAAGCGAGGAGCUGGAGGUAAUGGUAGACAUAUCGGCGUCUGAUCUCUACAAUGGAGUGGAGAAGAAGGUCUUCACUUUCCCUCGGUUGAUGAUUUGCCGAGGGUGCAAGGAAGAUCCGAGCAAGCCUGAAUGCCAAGACUGCGGACGGUGUCCGCCAGAGAAGGUUCAGGUUCCACAGUAUGGCAUGACGCCCUUCGGUCGGCAGGUGGUUGGCAUGCGGGAAAAGGAGCAGGAGAGCCGCGAGCGCUGCCGCGAAGUGGGCGUCGAGGUGCCGCUGCGCGUGAGCAAGGGUGCCAAGCAGGGCGCUUCCCUGAAGGUGAUGGCCAACAUUGGCCAUCAGACCCCGGGGAAGUUUCCUGGCAAGGCCUGUGCGUUGUGA